AUGGAUUAUCAACAACAAUCUACUUAUAACCCUCCAAUGAUCCCUGACAGUCAAAUGUAUCCUCCUCCCCAACAACAAGGAAUGUAUCCACCUCCUCAACAACAAGGAAUGUACCCUCCUCCUCAACAACAAGGAAUGUACCCUCCUCCUCAACAACAAGGAAUGUACCCUCCUCCUCAACAACAAGGAAUGUACCCUCCUCCUCAACAAGGGAUGUACCCUCCCCCUGCUCAACCAGUGUACCAAGCCUCUCCAGAAGAAAAGAAAAAGAAGAAAUCAUCGUCAUCAUCUUCUUCAAAUGAUGAUAAAGAAAGGCAUCAAUUUGAGAAAGCAAAUAUAUUAUUUAUCUUAGGUAUAUUUAUUCCAUUGUUACAAUGUAUGAAUUGGAUGUGUAUCUUUAGAAAGCCAAGAAGUGAAAGAAUCAGAAUGAAACGAACUGUUAUGAUUAUUUUUUCUAUUAUUGAGACUAUUAUGUGUACAAUGCCAGUAAUUUUUAUUAUUUUUACAGUAGUGAUGGUAACGUCAGUAGGUGGAUCAGACUUUUAA